AGCUGGUGGUCGUAGGUCACUAGUGUCCUGCCCCUUUACCACAACUUUUGUCUGUGAACCACGACACCACACCUGACAUCUCUUAUUAAAGAUGGGAGAGAGGUUGCAAAGUCAAAAAAGCUUUGUUUGCUCUUUUUUUGAUUGUAAAGCUACGUUCAGUAAGUCAUGGAAGCUAGAGGCUCACCUUUGCAAACACACAGGAUUGAAACCUUUCUCCUGUGAGAACUGUGACAAGAGCUUUUGCACUCGCUAUCAACUCACCAGACACGAGCUCAGCCACAGUGGGGAAAAACCGCACAAGUGUCUGGCUGAUGGAUGUUCCGAGGCGUUUGUCACAAAUGCCAGCAUGAAGAACCACAUGGCUCGAGUCCACCAUCAUCAGGAAAAGCUGUAUAAAUGUGACCAUCAAGGCUGUAAGAAGGAUUUCAACAAAAGGAACCAACUGAAAGCCCAUAUGUGUGAGCACCAGCAGAUUCUGCCUUUUCAAUGCACUUUCAGUGGAUGCAUGAAAGAAUUUUCCAGUAGCGGAAGGCUGAAGCAUCAUGAGAAAGUGCAUGAAGGUUACCCUUGUGCGACUGAAAUGUGUCCUUUCCUUGGAAAAACCUGGACAGAAUAUCUGAAGCACAGAAAAGAACAUAAAGUCAAGGUGCCGUGUGGAGCGUGCAAAAAGCUGUUCAACAACUCCUGGUUCUUGCAUCAGCAUGAGCUGCGUGUUCACUCUGGGGAAAAGAGGAUGUUUUCGUGUCCCAGAGAAGGUUGUGACAAAAGGUUCACUCGUCGCUUCAACUUGGAGAGUCACGUACUGGGAGAUCAUGAGGGGAAGAAGCCGUUCAGCUGUGCCUAUGCUGGCUGUGGGAAGAGCUUUGCCAUGGAGGAAAGCCUAUGGCGACAUGGAGUGGUGCAUGACCCAGCAAAGAAAAAGCUGAAGAAGCUGCAUCCUAAAAAGAAUCAGCCCUUGCGAAUGGCACAGCAGGUCAGACUGACAGCUGCAGCCAAUCAAGCGGAGGCCAGCAAGCUUGCUGCAAAGCUGUUCAGUACAACUUUGGUGGAUAAAAAAUCUUGAGGCUGCAUUAGAAAUCUAAAUAUCUGCUUGGAUGUGUUCUUUGAGCAGCACAAAUUGCAUAUUUCUGUUGAUAUACUUUGUUUAUGCUAGUGUGAAUAAAGCCUCUUUAAAAGCAUAAAACUAGCAAUCCUCCUGUACCUG